AUGAGACCAUUAUUCGAGGCCGCGAGUGUCGUGCUAACAAUCAUGCACAUUGUAUACGCAUUCAUCAAGGAAGAGCAUACAUUAUUCAGCCAUAAUUCGGAAGAGAUCCACUCUUGGGUAUUCGAUAAUGAGAGGCAUUUAGUUUCGUCAAAGCUAUGGAGAGAAUUGGAGGACACACCAGAGGAGUUCAACACAACCACAAUAUACUUGAACGAAAGCAAGCAAAUACUUAUACUAUCAUCAACAAACCCUUUGACCUUUUAUGAGUUUGAAGCUGGGGAUCCAAACACAUUUUCAGAUAUCGUGGCUUUAACCGGCUGUCUACGUAUGGUGAAUAAUACUUCAAGUAUAACUCAUAUUGACGCUCAAGGAUUCUCUCUUUCCACUCCUCCAGGAAUAAGUUUUGGGGUUUCAUUGUUGUUGGUAAGCUUGGCCAGCGAUUAUGGGCUUGAUGGGUUGGGUACGAAACUCUAUAUGAGCAACACAGUUAUCUGCCGAUCAGGUUCUGGAGAAACAAUUCAGAUUCAAACAAGGUUAAAGUUUAUAUCGUUUCCGAAAGCAAGAUUGAAAAAGAUUAUUUGGAACAAAAAGAGAAGGACAAAGUCCUUUGUGAAGAAAUUGAAGGGUAUUUUUCACCGAAAUGACUCAGAUGGAGAAGUUAGUGUUGCCAGUUUCGGCACUUGGACAGAAGGCAAAUGGGCAGAUAUCUAUACGUUGUACAAGUACAAAAAGUUGGGAUUGUUGUUCUUCAACUUGAGCGAACUAAAACAUGCCAAACCGUUUUGUGAGAGCAGACCCGAAUACCUACAAUGCCUGUUAUUGACAUUAGUGUGUGGUUUCUAUGUGGGAGGCUCUAUCGGAUACCAAGACUUUUCAAAUGCAGAGGAAAGACACAUAACCCGCGACAUUGACGGGGAAGAGAUCCAUUCUUGGUAUUUUUACGAUGAGGAACAUUUGAGACAUUCACAAUUGUGGGAGGAUAUGACCCACGGACUGGGAGACUUCAAUGAAACGGUGAUCCAUUUCAACAAAACCAAUCAAACGUUAGUACUUACACUGACUGAUCCACCCACGUUUUAUCAAGUUGACCUUGAAUUGAUUGGAAUAUUUGCCGAGGAUGAUGCCACUGAGUUGGACAGACUUCUUCCGUUAAAUGAGACUGCCACUAUGCUAAAGAUGGAUGCAAGGGAACACAUUCUAAAAUUUCCGUCACCAAUGAGUGAAAAUGCCAUCCUUACGAGUUUACUAAUGAGCUAUGGAAUUGAUGACUUUUCAGUCGCUGACUUUCCAAAUGGAACCAUAUCAAUUGACGUAGAUGAUCAAUUUGAAGACGAGUUUGAAAUGCAAGCCAAAAAGUUGUUGAAGCUACUUUUGCUCCCCCUUAAGCUAUUGAAGAAGUUGUUGCUACUCAUCAAGUUUCUCAUUUGUCUACCUUUCCUCAUCAUCAAAAAAAUUAUUCUUCUUCCUUUCCUAUUAAUCAAGAAGGUUAUCAUGUUGUUGAAAAAGAAGGUUUUGAUUUCGAUCAAAAUGAAGGUUAAAGCAGUGGUUGUGAAAGUUAAAGAUACCGCACUGGAUGUGGCAGAGAAGACAGUUGAUGUGACUGUGGUUGUUAUUGUACUGAUCAAAAAAGUGGUGAUUGAAACCGCUGCUAAAGCUGACUACGAUGUAAAGAAAGUUGCAGCGAAGGUUAUAAUGACAAAAGAUAAAAUCGUUGAUAAGGCCAUGAUGGAGAAGAUUAAAAUAAAUGACAAGGUCGAUGAAAAAGUAGGUCAUGCGUUGAUGAAGGCUGAGCGAACGAAGGAGAAAUAUUUUGGUGGGUGA